UAAUGUGUAAUUUCAGUCUUUUUUAUUUUGAAGAAAUGUAUGUUGAUCUUACCCAAAAAAAGAGUAAUGAAAACAUAGAUGUCUCUCCUCUGUCCUCCUAUUAAUACAGGGCUGCAUGAGGUCACACAGCACAGCGACGCCCCCAAGCGGUCGAGAGCAGCGUUACAGUUUUUAUUCCUGCUAAAAAUAGUUAGGUUUCGGUUUCCAAUCAUCAGAAAUGAUCCUGGACUUUGCUACUUCAGUGAAGCUAGCAGACACUCAGCAGUCGCCGUGUUGUUUUGUGUGCAGGUGGAGGCAAACACGGAAGCGUUAAAACCAUGGAGUCAGAAAUACUGAAGUUUAUCUGCGCCAAUCAAGGAGCAGUUAACACAGAUUUUCUGAUGUUUAACCUCGGCUCGGGCGACUCAACGAAUGAGAUCAUCAAUAACCAGGAGAAAUUUGCUCUGUGUUGUCCUUACGGGCAGCCGAAGGUGGUGGCCAGGACCAGCCUGAAGCUGUGCAGAGCAAUGGAGUGUGUUGGAGGCUGCAGUGGGCUACACCUGUGCAAAAAGUACCUGAUGACCGGCUCCUGCCCCUUCAUUCAGACCAGGAGAGGAUGCAGAUUCUCCCAUACGCUGCACUCUGAACAUAAUGCGGGGUUGCUGAGAGCUCAUGGGCUGGACAGUCUGAGCAUGGCAGAGCUUUCCACACUGCUGCUGCAGAGCGACAGGUCGCUGCUGCCUGAUAUAUGUUACGAUUACAACAAUGGUGGUGGGGAGUCUGGCCUGUGUAAGGAAGGUUUUGAUUGCCACAGGCUGCAUAUCUGUGACAAGUUCCUGAACCGCGACUGCAGCUGCUCCAAGACUCAUGAAUUUACUGCUCUACAGCCAUACAAGAACCUGCAGAAAAGAGGCGUGCCUGACGAGAUCUUCAACUCUUUGAAGACUGUUUAUGCAAACCAAAUGGCUUUGAAGUACAAUGACAGAAAGGGCGACAGGGGCAACCGUCAACCAAACUCUUCCACCGGUGAAUACUCUGCUUCCGCCGGCAGGGAGGAUGGUCAGCAUUUACCACAAAGGAGUUGGCACAGAGGGAGAGGGAGAGGUGGUAACCGAGGCAACAGAGGCAAUAGGGGCAACAGGGGCAACAGAGGCAACAGGGGCAACAGAGGAAACCAGGGCAACCAUGAAGACCUGCAACGAACCAACUCUACGAGUGACAUCUUUGAUGACAAUGAUGACAUGGAUUGGGGCAGCGUAGAUGGAACGACCGAAGAAAAGCAAAUGAACUCUUCCACCAGUGAUAUCUCUGUUGCUGCCAACGACACUGAUGCGAGCAGCGACAGCGGUCACAACAGAGAGCAAACUAAAAAUUCAACAGCUGUCAGAGGCAGAGGCGGCAACAGGGGCAACAGAGGAAACAAGGGCAACCAUCAAGACCUGAAACAAACCCGCUCAACUAAUGAUAUCCCUGGUGCUGUCAACGACGAUGCAGACGGUGAUGAUGGACCGAACAGAGGACCAAGGCAAAGGCCUGUCAGAGAUAAAACUGAGAUAUGCAUGUACUUCAUCAAAGGACACUGUAAACAUGAGGACCGAUGUUUUAAAGCUCAUGACAAGUUGCCGUACAGAUGGCAGGUCUGGGAGAACGAUCAUUGGAUUGCCUUGCCCGCUAAUGAGACGAUUGAGAAGGACUACUGUGACCCUAAAAACACAUACAGCAGCAGCAGCCCACCUGUGUGUUUUGACACGAUGACCCGGGGAUCGGACAAAGUGCGACGACUCUCUACCACAAACUCUUUGUUGGAGCCAACUUUCAUCCACACCACUGAGUGGGUGUGGUACUGGGAGGAUGAGUUUGGGAACUGGACCAUGUACGCUUCAGCUGCUGGUGGACACAAAGCGGCGAACAUGGACAGUUCGAACCUGGAGCAGAAGUAUCUGGACGAUGACAAAGAUGUGGUGGAGUUCACUGUCGGUUCACAGUCAUACUCACUCAGUUUCCAGGACAUGAUACAAACAAACAAGCAUUAUGGCACUAAGAGGCUUGUGAGAAGGCGACCCCAGUUUGUAUCUGCGGCUGAUGUCAGAACAAAGAAAGUCAGAAGGACUGUUGGACAACAGAAUUUCACCCCCAUACCCGACCACUGGGACAAGACACAGAUUCCUCAAACAGGAUACGGGCUCGUCGCCCUCCAGAGGUCCUCUGGUGAAUUUAAGGAAAUCGAAACACUUUUCUGUAAAACUAUGAGAGGCUUUGACAUCAUCAAAAUCGAAAGGAUUCAGAACAAAGCUCUUUGGGAAGUCUUUCAGUGGCAGAAAACUCAGAUGAAGAACAACAACAAUCAGCACUUUGUGGCGGAAAAAAAGCUUUUUCACGGCACUGACUCUAAAUACGUAGAGGCCAUCUGCACUGCCAACUUUGACUGGAGAGUCUGUGGAUUGAAAGGAACGGUUUUUGGCCAAGGUAGUUACUUUGCCAGGGAUGCAAAAUACUCCCACAGCUACACCGGUGACUCAACAGUCAAAACCAUGUUCAUCUCACGAGUGCUGGUGGGAGACUACACCAAAGGAUGCUCCACGUACCGCCGAGCUCCGUCCAAGGACGGCGGGGAUAUAAACUUCUAUAACAGCUGCGUAGACGAUGUUAUAAACCCGACCAUCUAUGUUGUGUUUGAGAAGCACCAGAUCUAUCCCGAGUACCUGCUGCAGUACAAGACCACGCACCCACUCGUUGAUUUAUACGGAUCCACGUCCACACCAGCAGCAGCAGCAGCACCGACACGGGCACCGGCACCGGCACCAAGACCAGCACCAGCACCAACACCAAGACCAGCACCAGCACCAAGACCAGUUUCUCAACCCAGUGUAUCAGCUUAUCCGCGCAGCACAUCAGCUCUAUCCAGCACAGCCUCAUCACCUUAUAGAUCCAGCACAUCCUCAUACCAACCCAGCACAUUGUCUUACCAACCCAGUGCAUCCUCUUACCAAUACCUGUCCAGCAGGACAGUUAACCCACCCAUGCCAUCUCCUCCGUCUUCCCCAGCAAGCGCAAAACCAAAGAAAAAUUCUGAUUCCUGUGUGAUUGCUUAGGGACAAAGGUGAGGUGAGGGCAGGUGUCAUUUUAAUGGAUAAUGUCAUUUGAAGGAGCUUAAUGACGGUUGCACAUAAUGCUUUGGUUAAUGUGGUAAUCAAAUCCAUUAAAGCUGGGGGAGGUCAAAAACAAAAAAACAGCAGAUUUUGAAAAUACACCUUCUCCCUGCAACUCUCUCCUCUCUGUUCUCCACCGCUCCCACCAGACGAUCAAGGGCAUAUACACACAAUUCAUAGAGUAACCUAGUUUAUCCACUACAGUGUUUUGUUAUUUUAUCAUAUUUAAUUGUAAAGUUGCCUGCAGCUCAUUUGCUCAGCCCUGCCUUGCUUCGCUCUCUCCUUCUUGUCUAUCAAACGACAAACAAAACAAGAAUUAGCUAGCUACUCAUCUCCCGCCACUGUUGACUAGUUCACCGUGAGGAGAACGGCAGGAGCUCAGGAGACACACCUUCUGUCGGUGGCUGUAGAGGCUCGAAUUCAGCCAGUGCGGGGUGUCACUGGUAACCAGCGACAGCACCAGGUCUAACCUGUGUAACAGCAGCAACAGAAAGUUUGCGAAUCCAGCGAGGAGUCAGGGCGGAGAUGGGGUUUGUGAUGGCUAGGUUGGGAUGCUGCCGCCGCAAACUGAGGUUCUGGCUCCAGAGCUGCUGCCUGCUUUCCUCCUGGUGGAGUGAGGUGGAGCAAACACUGUGAAAAUUAGCUACAUUAACGUGAUCUUGAAGGUUCAGUCCUGAGCCUUUAGCUCUGGAUAGCACGUUAUCUCAUUCUCUGAAACGCUUCACCAGUAAUGACUUGUUUAAUUGCGUUUAUUGUCAGAUUCUCUUUUUGAGUCCAUCUUUCUUUUUUGGGUUGCUUUGCAGCGUAAGCAUUUGCCAAUGCUGGAAUACCAACUUUCUCUGUAGGACUCUCCGAUACUGAAUCAGGGUUUCACCGAGAAGUCAUGCACGCACUUCUGCAUUUUCUUAAGCCCGUAAAAGGGGCAGGAGGAGCUGCAUGGGUCUAGUUUUCUCCCAGAUCACUUAAAUUACAAUAUCCUCAAACUUUAUCAAGGGAUUUUUGUGAUGCCAAAAUAAAACCGCCUACCCCAGCUUUAAGUGCACAAUGAAGAGUAGAGUGGUGUACUGGCUUUUAUGCAGAGGUGUCAGUGUUUAGAGUGCUUAUACAUGUGAAAGAUCAUAUAAUACGGCGGUUAUUAAUCAUACAGAUAAAAACUUUUAAAUUUCCAGAAGCUCUGCAAGAGAAAAUUAAAUUUGAUGCGCAUUUCAAUCCACUGCUGCUGUGCACAUAUUAGAAGUUGGUAUAUUGAGGUAAAACACUUAGUGGUGGAAGGGAAGCUCAUCACAAGCGUUAUAUACAUCAGAAUUUAUUCACUAAGCCUGUUCCUGGUACAUAUUUUGCUUUUAACAAUAAAUCAACAGUUCCACGUCAGCCAUGCCUACAAGUUUUUCGCAAUAUUUCGACUUUCUCCCACUCAGGUUUUUUUAUGCGCCUAACAUCAGGUGGAUAGAAACACACUUCUUGAGUUUUGUUUAACAUAAAUAUAUGUCAAAUUAAUUUGAAACAGAUACCAUGCUGUUUAACUGGUUAUGUCUAAUUGUCAUAAUGAAGAAUACAUAAUAUUUUGUAAUUAUUGUAUUAAGAGAUGCUGCUGCAAAGCUCCCCAACCAGUAGAGGGCAACAAAAUCCCUUAUCGGCAUUAAAAAUACAAGCCAUAAAAUUUACAGCUCCACUCAUACAGACUAAUUGAGUUUUAAUAGUGUGUAUGUAAGCUGUAAUAAUAAUAGUUAGUGCGUUUUAUUUGCCUAACUUUAUGCUUCCACUGCAACUAAUAAUAUUGCUGUUUUCUAAAUUGUUGUAUUGUUGGAUAACACAUUUUGUGACCUGAAUCACUAAAUAAAUGUAAUAUUCACAAUAACUGCAAA